GAAAGAGCAGGAGAUACGGCGGGAAGUUGAGACAAAAGGCGCUUCAUCAGCAACAACAAUGACAGCUAACAAACAACCGUUAAGUGCCGCAACAAAUCGCCAAAAAUUGAAAACUGUGGGAAUACCGCUCCACGUCAGGGACGCCGCAAAAGCCACGCCAAGCCCACACAUAGCUACAAAUCUCGUUUGCCCAUGGUGGGUUGCGUACACAGCGAGAAAAUGUGGGUUUACUCAAAAGUUCGAAUUUGUAAUAAAAUCCUCUACGAUGAAGUAAGUAUACUAUAUUUAUAUUUAUCUUUUGCUAAUAUCUAUAUAUAAAAUUGAUGUUUUAAUGGAGCUGUAUUAACAUUAAUAUUAACAAGCCCGCUCAACAUUUUCUCUCUCUGUAGUAGAGAGAAUAAGAGCACCGAGAAGGAGUCGAGCGAAAAUAAAAGACAAUAAAAACAAAUAAAAAGUAUUUC